UUGUUUGUAUAAAUAAACAACACUAUGAUAACCUUGAUAAAAGUAUCUACUUAAAGACGUUGUUUACCAUUUGGGUGCAGUUAAUACUUAGUUUACAUAAGGGUGAUUUAAAACUUUUAUAAAGGUCUAGUUGAAAUGGAUCGUAUUUUAAGAGGUGUUAUGAAAUAUCGCCACAUAGAUAAAGCAAAAAUGCUUCAACAAUUUCUACAAGUCAGAGACACCCCAACGCCAAAAGCAGUGUUUUUCACAUGCAUGGACAGCAGAAUGUUACCAACUCGUUUCACCGACAUGAAUAUUGGAGAUAUGCUUAUUGUGCGCAAUCCGGGAAAUGUCAUUCCAAAUUCCCAGCACUUCCAAGAUGAAUUAACCACGAACGAACCGACGGCUUUGGAAUUGGGCUGUAUAGUUAACAAUAUCAGGCACGUUAUAGUCUGCGGUCACAGCGAUUGCAAAGCGGUAAAUGAGUUGUAUAAACUACAAGAUCGCGAAUUCGGAUCGCCCGAAAAUCGCAAACUGUUUCCAGUCAGAUCAUACUUAUGCACGCAUGCGUUGCCAAGUUUGGAGAAAUUUCAACAAUUCCAAUUGACGGACUAUCAAAAACCGCUACUGUUCCAGGCGGAGACGCCAAUGAAACACUUCGUCGCACAUAUAGACCCCGAUAACAAAUUCGCCUUCGAAGAUAAAUUAUCGCAAAUACACACUUUGCAACAAGUGCAAAACAUAGCGAGCUACGGUUUCCUCAAGAAACGACUGGAGACAGAUCAAAUACACAUACAUGCGAUGUGGUUUGAUAUUUAUACGGGUGAAAUUUACUAUUUCAGCAGACAGGCAAAGCGAUUUGUUGUUAUUGACGAAAACAAUUUUGAUAGGCUAGUAGGGGAGGUUGAGAGAUAUCAUAUGUAACUACUGCAAACUACACGUUCCAGGCCGAGUGGCUCUCCUUUGGUUUAAAAGACCCACGUUUCUAUGUUAAAGUUUGAUUGGCCCGUAUUUUUGGGUUUAUGUAACCGAAAACUGUAAUGGUUUAAGAUUUCUUGAUUUUGUUUAGUUGCAUUCGAACGCGUAUAUGGAGUAUGAUUAAAUGUUUACUUUCAUUUGUGUGUAGAAUAAAUUUUGUAUGUGUGAAAUCAUGUAUUAUUGUGAUCCGGGUGUGUUCUGGGAGAGAUUUAGAGUUAAAGGGUCAAUGCAAUAUACAGUGUUGCAUUUAAAAAAUAUCAACUUUGGGUCAAAUCUCAGAACUGGUGAUACAAAGAUUUAUUUUUACUAGAAUGGGCAGUUUUUAUCUUUUCUAUCAAUAAAAUUUCAAAAAGUCAAA